CGAUGAUGAGUUUAAUCCAUGGCGUUUUGUCUUUAAUUUUUUGGACAUUUACAUUAUCUCUUGUCAUGUCUCAAACAAUUAAUGAAAGCGCCAUUGUUGACAAACAUGAGCAAUGGAUAGUUGAUUACGGUCGAAAAUAUGAGAGCAAAUUAGAGAAGGAAAAACGUCUUAAUAUAUUCAAGGACAACUUGAAAUAUAUUGAGAGUUUUAACAAUGACAAAAAUAAAAGUUUUAAGUUAAGUCUCAAUAAAUUUGCAGAUCUGACGCAUGAUGAAUUUAUUGUAGCUCACACUGGAUACAAGAUGGGGGACAAUUCCACUAUGUCCCAAUCAACAUCAUUUAUGUAUGAAAGCUUCUCAGAUGUUCCAACGAGCAUCGAUUGGAGGGCGAAAGGUGCCGUCACUCCCAUUAAGUCUCAGGGUACCUGUGGAUGUUGUUGGGCCUUUUCAGCAGUGGCAGCCGUUGAAGGGAUAAUCCAAAUCAAAACUGGUAAAUUAAUCUCAUUAUCUGAGCAACAACUGUUGGAUUGCAGCACAAAUGGAGGAAACCAAGGUUGUAGUGGAGGAUGGAUGAUGAAUGCUUUUGAAUACAUCACCCAAAACCAAGGAAUAACCACCGAAGAAAGCUACCCAUAUCAACAAAUGCAAGAAACUUGCGACGCACAGAUAAACAAAGUUGCCACCAUCAAUGGCUAUCAAAUGGUGCCUACAAACGACGAACAAGCGUUGCUUAAGGUCGUCGCAAAUCAACCUGUCUCGGUUGCAAUCGAAGGCUAUGGAGAAGACUUUCGGUAUUACAGAGGUGGGGUGUAUACCGGAGAUUGUGGCAAUGCCCUCAACCAUGCAGUCACCAUUGUUGGAUAUGGGACAAGUGAAGAAGGUUUAGACUAUUGGCUGGUUAAGAAUUCAUGGGGAGAAACUUGGGGUGAAAAUGGGUAUAUGAGGAUUCAAAGGAAUGUGAAUACGCAAGGUGGCUUAUGUGGUAUCGCCACGAAAGCUUCGUACAUUUCCAGUAUUAUAAGUUGAUAUAAUAGACAAUUUCUCUGCCAAUACAUGUACUACAUAAAAUUAG